AUGAAACGCGAAGCAUUUUUACAAGUUGUGUCUAAAGAAUCAAUUGAAGACUUCUUGCAUUAUACUCAGAAUCCUAAAAAUACAUUUGAUCCUUUUGACUUGAAUGAACUACUUCAAGAAUUGCCAAGAAAGCAAAAAGAAGUACUAUGGGAGAGAUUGACGCAACUAUUGACAGAGACUUUGAUGGAGAACCCUGUGGAAACAUGGCAGAGGAUUGAAGAUGGUGAAAUUAAUGAUAACAUGGAAGUUGAGAUAGUUCCAGAAAUGAAACAAACUGUAGCUGUGAUCCAAGGAGUGACAGCUGUAGUUACUGCCUCCAUACCUGCAGUGGAUGAAACUGUAAACUACAAAGCUCUUCUAGAAUGUGUUUUUAUAUUAAAUGGUAUUCUUCCUGCAUUACCUGAAUCUGAAAAAAUCCUACAGGGUGCUAUCCAGCGUGUAUGUGAAAUGUGGUGGGAGAAAGGACUGGAAGGGAAGGAGCAGCUAGGGAAGACUGUAUUUAUCAUUCUGUUAAGAAGAAGCCUGAAUAAAGCUGCUACGGGUGCAGAUGUAGUUCGUCUAUGGAAUCUACAUCAGAUGUUACUUUGUUUUGAUUAUGAUUCAGAGGAGAGUAAUGAAGUCAAGGACUUGUUGCUUCAGUGUUUUAUGAGUGUAAAACACAUUAAAAAAGAAGAGGGAAGAAGAUUCUUGAGCUUUUUGUUCAGCUGGAAUGUAAACUUCAUUAAAAUGAUACAUGGAACUGUUAAAAACCAAUUACAAUUUUUUCCAAGAUUCUUGAUGGAAUACGUUUCAGAAGUUUACUUCAGGGCCUGGAAGAAAGUGUCAGGAGAAUUCUUAGAGAUACUUGAACAUAACUGCAUUCAGGAUUUCAUGCAUCAUGGAAUUCAUCUUCCCAGAAGUUCUGCUGUUCAUUCUAAAGUUAGAGAGAUGCUCAGUUAUUUUCAUAAACAAAGUAAAGUUCGUCAAGGAGUUGAAGAAAUGCUCUACAGAUUGUAUCAACCUAUCCUUUGGAGAGCACUGAAGGCCAGAAACUCAGAAGUUCGAUCAAAUGCAGCAUUUUUGUUUGUUGAUGCUUUUCCUGUUCGUGAUCCUAGUUUUAACACUGAAGAGAUGGACAAUGAAAUUCAGAAACAGUUUGAAGAACUUUUUAGUAUCUUAGAAGAUCCUCAUCCAGUUGUUCGCUCUACAGGGAUACUUGGAGUUACUCAGAUAACAUCCAAAUACUGGGAGAUGAUUCCUCCAGCAAUUCUUGCUGAUCUUUUAAAAAAACUAAUUGGAGAGCUGUCAUGUGAUGUAACAUCUGCUGAUGUUCGAUGCUCUGUUUUUAAAUGCCUACCGAUAAUUUUGGACAACAAACUAAGUCAUCCAUUACUGGAACAGCUCCUGCCAGCAGUCAAACACAGUCUUCAUGACAAUUCAGAGAAAGUGCGAGUGGCUUUUGUUGAUAUGUUGCUGAAAGUUAAGGCUACCAAGGCUGCUAAGUUCUGGAAAAUCUGUCCCAUGGAGCAUCUUCUGACUCGUCUUGAAGUUGAUUCACGGCCUGUGUCACGACGCAUAGUGGAUCUCUUAUUCAACUCUUUCUUUCCCAUUAACCAACCUGAGGAUGUGUGGUGUGAGCGCUGUGUUACUCUAAUCCAGAUGAAUGCAGCAGCAGCUAGAAAGUUCUAUCAGUAUGCUUAUGAAUAUACUGCCCCCACCAAUAUAGCUAAAUUGAUGCUUACUAUUCGGCGCUGCUUGAAUGCCUGCAUCCAGAAAGCAAUGAAAGAGAGUCUUCAUGAUAGUGAUGAUGAUGAUGAUGAAAGUGAAAAGGAGAAUACAAGUGUAUUGAAUAAUGUGUUGUCAACACAUGAUGUGGCCAGCAUGGCAAGUUUGUUGGAGAUUACUGUAAUUCUCUGGAGUAGUAUUCACAAAGCACUAGAUCACAAUGAAGAUGCCAAAGAUUAUGCUAUCAGAAAAUUUGCUUCUGUACUUCCUGAAUAUUUUAAAGUAUUUAAGGAUGAGCGUUGCACGACUCCAUUGGUUAUUCUGGCAUCCUUUAUGCCCCCUGCUGCUAUUCCUACAUUCAGCUGUGGUGUGAUCUCCAGACUCAGAAAUAUUGACAAUGGAGCUGACCAAAGCAAAUAUUCUACCCUGAUAGACUGCCUGUGUCGCUGGGGUCAAGUGGGACAUAUUAUGGAAUUAGCCUGUGAUUGGUUGUCUGACACGCUAAUCCCAAGAAAGAGUAUUAAAACAUCUGAACGACGAGUACGUAUCCAUGUAACACAUGAAUCGAAGCCAGAAUUAGCAAUUGAUUACAUUGAAUAUUUAUUGACUCAUCCUGUUAAUCGUGGUUGCCUACUCUCUGUUCCUAAAAAGAAACUGAAGAAGCUUUUGAAAAUUCUCAGUGCUGCGAAGGUAGUUCUUGGCUCAAUUCUGAAAGCAGAUGAUGGAGAUUCUGGUAGCUGCAAUCAAGCAACUGGCCUAAGAGCCUUCAGCCUCUUUUGCAGGUUGAGUAUUCAUCUUCAGAACAAGUUUUCUGAAGAAGGAAAAGAUUGCCUCUCAAUUCUGAAGGAGACAGGUGCUUGGAUAGAAAGUCAAGUUGUACCUUUUAUACUGGCAAGUGAUCAAGAGGAUGGCAUUUCAAAACACAGUAAUGUUUCUGAAUUAAUUAUGCAGGCCUACCUGACAGUAUGUAAAGAUGUCAUAAUGGUUGGCCUUGGAAGUCUCACAUUUCAAGCACACCUUUUAGAUAUGGCUCUUUCAGUUAUACAAACAGAGAGAGGUGGCUUUUGUGCUCCAGUGUUACUGUACGCUCUAAAAGAAAUUAUUGAAGCUUCUUUAACUCAGAAUAUGGAGACAGAUGAAGUGGCAAAUCUUUUCCAUGCUGUACAGACCGUCUUCCAGAAAGUUUUAGAAUGUGUUGCAUGUAGACUCAAGAAGCAGCAGGAAGAAGGGAUUCAGUUGAUUCACUCUAUUCAAAUGCCUCUUGGAGAAUUCAUACAUGCAGUCCAGUGCUGGAAUUCAUCUUGCCCAGCAGUUCACCAGGGUGUAUUCUCUACUCUCCUGGCUGCAUUAGUAGCAGAGAUAAAUUAUGUGCUGCAGAAGGCUUCCAGUGAAAAAGACUUAACUAUACCAAGGACUAUUUCAGACCUUCCUCCUCUUUCAGGGAGUUUAAUGGCCAUAAUUAUGAAGUCAGUUAAUGUUGUCAGGUCAUUUUUAAAUGAAUUAAUGGAAUGCAUUCUCUCUGAAGAAAUUGAAGGAAUUUUUAGUCUAACAGCUACUGUCUGCAUUGUGAUUAUAAUUAAAGGUAAGCACAAAACUUCACUUCUAAAGGAUAUUGCACCUGCCAUUCAAAGGAAGCUGAUAUCAUGCAAGGAUGCCGUCACAGAAGAAUCUAGCAGCACUGAAAGAAUCCUGUAUGAAUCAUCUCUGAAAAUUUUGGAUGAAUUUUUGAGUCCUUGACCACGGAGAAGCUUUUGUCAUGAAAAUCAAGGGAAGGAAGAUGUAUUGUUUUUCA